AUGCGUGCCCUCAGAUACCACGGGGUGAAGGACCUCCGUGUCGACUAUGACAUCCCAGAGCCGACAUGCGGCGAGCAUCAGAUCAAGAUCAAGCUACAUGAAUACUCCUCUCCAACAUUCAUCCCGUUGAAGGACUCUCCUCACCCCGUGACCAAGGAGUCCAUGCCAGUCACCAUCGGGCAUGAGUUCAGCGGCGAGGUUGUCGAAAUCGGCUCCAAGGCCAAGAACCCCUCGGGUCUCAAGGUCGGAGACAAAGUGGCGGCGCAGCCCACCGUAUGCUGUCACAGCUGUGGGCCAUGCAAAGAAGGCUACAUCAACUGCUGCGACCACGCCGGGUUUGUAGGCCUGAGCGGCGGCGGCGGCGGCAUGUCAGACUAUGUGUGCAUCGAUGAGCAAUUCGUCUACAAGCUGCCGGACAAUGUCCCCCUCGACAUUGGCGCCCUGGUCGAACCACUCGCCGUGGCGUGGCACGGAGUCAAUCAAUCGCCUCUCAAGGAAGGCCAAUCUGCGCUGGUCAUGGGAGCAGGCCCGAUCGGGUUGGGCGUGAUUCAAUGCUUGAAAGCCCGUGGCGCAAAGGACAUCAUCGUCGUGGAACUCGCAAAGGAGAGACAGAACUUUGCGCAGCAAUUCGGGGCAACUCAUAUCAUAGAUCCCAGAUACGAAGAUGUCGUGAAGCGCUGCAAGGAAAUCUGUGACGGUCAAGGUCCGCAUGUCGCUUUGGACGCGGCGGGCGUGGCUGCAACUCUGAAGUCUGCAGCUUUGGCUGUGAGGGCUAGAGGGACGAUAGUCAACCUGGCCAUUUGGGAGAAAGAGGUGCCCUUCCAGCCCAACACUCUGGUGUUUGGAGAAAAGAAAUAUCUCGGAGUCCUGGGCUAUGUCAAUGAAGACUUCGAAGGUGUCAUCAAAGCACUCGGCGAGAAGCGCCUGCAGCCGGAGAAGAUGAUCACGCGGAAGAUCCAUAUCGAUCGCGUCGCUGAGGAUGGGUUCCGCGCCUUGAUCGAGGAGAAGGACAAGCAGGUCAAGAUCCUGGUCGAUUGCAGAGCCUGA